GAGUCGGGACCUGCUGUCAGUCAGGCAGGUGCCCGAUGCUCAGUGGUCAUUUCACUGCACUGAAGAUUAAGUAGGAGUUGUUCACCCUCCGCGACACAUAAAACCGGAGGGCUCCCCUCACUUCCAGCGACAGGUGCCACAUCCCCUGUCUUGCUAUGAAUAGAGCCGUAACUGUAGCAACCAGUGCCAGGUUUUCUGUUCCCAGGUAGGGAUGUGAGAGGAGACAGAGAGGGGGUCAGAGGGAAAGAGAAAGAAGCCUGGCUGAUCAGGAGCUACGAAGCUGCUGCUCCUGGAGAGACAGAGGAAAGUUCCCGUACUAACUUCUCUCUCCGUCCCUCUCUUUCUUCUUUUGUUCUGGGGAGAACAAAAUCUGAGUCUGGACUGGACAAGUAUCCAAAGAAACAUCUAGGGGGAGAUGCUGCCUUUCCCGUGAGCAGCAGCUGCUUCCUCGGAGCCUGCAGGAGCCCCCGCUCGGAUCAGCCGUCUGUUGCCAUGAACGCUUCCUGCUGCCUGCUCUGGGCUCCUCCGGUGCUGCCCAAUGGCUCCGAGCGCCUCGUGGCCCCUUCCAGCAACCAGAGCCACAGGGGGUUCUGUGAGCAGGUCUUCAUCAAGCCUGAGGUCUUCCUGAGUCUGGGCAUCAUCAGCCUGCUGGAAAACAUCCUGGUCAUCCUGGCUGUGGUCAGAAACAGCAACCUGCACUCCCCCAUGUACUUCUUCCUCUGCAGCCUGGCCGUGGCCGACAUGCUGGUGAGUGUGUCCAAUGCCCUGGAGACCAUCAUGAUCGCCAUCAUCAACAGCAACUACCUGACCUUCGAGGACCGGUUUAUCCAACACAUGGACAACAUCUUCGACUCCAUGAUCUGCAUCUCCCUGGUGGCCUCCAUCUGCAACCUCUUGGCCAUUGCCGUCGACAGGUACGUCACCAUCUUCUAUGCGCUCCGCUACCACAGCAUCAUGACCGUGAGGAAGGCGCUCACUCUGAUCGUGAGCAUCUGGGUCUGCUGCGGCGUCUGCGGCGUGGUGUUCAUCGUCUACUCUGAGAGCAAGAUGGUCAUCGUGAGCCUCAUCACCAUGUUCUUCGCCAUGGUGCUUCUCAUGGGCACCCUCUACGUGCACAUGUUCCUCUUUGCCCGGCUGCAUGUCAAGCGCAUUGCGGCACUGCCACCUGCUGACGGGGUGGCCCCACAGCAGCACUCCUGCAUGAAGGGGGCCGUCACCAUCACCAUCCUGCUGGGGGUGUUCAUCUUCUGCUGGGCCCCCUUCUUCCUGCACCUGGUCCUCAUCAUCACCUGCCCCACCAACCCUUACUGCAUCUGCUACACGGCCCACUUCAACACCUACCUGGUCCUCAUCAUGUGCAACUCCAUCAUCGACCCCCUCAUUUACGCCUUCCGGAGCCUGGAGCUGCGCAACACCUUCAAGGAGAUUCUCUGUGGCUGCAAUAGCAUGAACUUGAGGUAGAUGGCCAGGGCUGUGGAAGUGGUCACCAGUACAGCCACUUUGGGACCUCCUUCCACCAACCGAGAUGCUUAGAAAGGAAAAAAAAAAGUCCUUGAAAGGUGUAAGAAUGUGCUAACAGCCAAGCCUGCACUUGUCUUUAAGUUCACACAACCUUUUAAAAGGGAAAUGGCAUCUAACGGGAUCUCUGGAAGGACCUCUGUGGGUAAGUCACAGUCUGGUUUCCCACACCAUCUCUGCUGCUCUGGGUGCUGCUUGCGUUCACUCCUGUGUGCCCAGGGCUCCUAAUGCCUGCCUGCUCACCUGCUUCACACCCAGGUCUUUGUGCCCAAGCCAACCAGCCUGGGGGCUUCUCCUGAGCAAGAAGAGGGCUCGAAUCUCUCACUGUUAACAGCUUUAACCUCCAGCUGUCAGCCACACACACAGAGCUCUCCCUUACUCCAUUAGAGACCUAGUUCCUACUCCACUACUCUGUGUAGUGAAAUCGUCGUCUAAAAACAAUUAACUGUGAAAGACACAAGGUGAUGCUGUUUCCUUCUCCUUGCCCUCGCCCCACCGCAGCCGCACCCCCAAAUAGCAUGGAGAGGUAGCCCACUGCUAUCCCUGCUCCCGCUGCGGUGCUGUGACUGUCAGGUGUUCAUGCAUUAAAUCAGAGGCCGCCUCCAAACUCUACUGAAAGAGAAAAAGCUGUGGACACUCAGAAUAUGCCUGUUGUUCUUGUAUUUUGCCACCUGCCAUUGUAAGGAAUGUAUUACUCUUUAAAAAUCAUGAUUAUUAUUCCUUGUCUGUCUGUAAAACAAGAAAGGGAACUGUGGAAGGGGGUACAUAUGUCACCAGAAAUUGCUUUAUGGUGUUUAGAUAGUUGGAGGAGCUGUCUGCCUGCCCUGUGGCUUUCCUGGGAGUUGUCUGUUAGUCUGUUCUUGGUUUUGUUUCUAGCUGUGCUUCUAUGUGAUGAAUUCAACAGCAGCCACCAAGAAGGACUUUUUAACGGGUCACUGUUCCUUUUGCUCAACAUGGUGAUAAGGUUGGGUGACCCUCUUUUGACCUCUGACCCUUGUCGAUGAAGCUAUUCAUUCCUGCACACCCAAGGUGAGAUUCAUGGACUGCCCCUGCACAUCGCUGCUCGGGGGCAACUGCCACCUCCUCCCCGCCCAGAGUGACUCCAGCCUGUGCCCCCCUGGGCCUCGGAUCCUCGCAGGAUGCCACGUCCUUGGGGCAUAGUUGUGCUUUGUUAAAACUGGAAUGUGUCAGGCUUUCUGUCCUUGCAGACUUUGUCUCAGUGUAAGCAAAACCACUUGUUUCUUGCUUUGUUGUGAUGCUUGGAGAUAAUAAAAGCUUUGUGGCUGUUG